AUGGCGAGCCAGGACGAACACCACACAAACAGCGAACUUGGUGAGCAGCUGCAGAACCACCAAGACGAUGACGUUUCGACGGACGAGAGAGACCGCAUCGCCGUCGUGCAAUGGUUGAGGGACAACUACACCAUCAACUCGGCCGGCUCUGUCAGCAAGUGCGAGGUGUACGCCCACUACCUCGACAUGUGCAGACAAAAGGGUGUCACCUUCCCCAUGUCCCGCACAUUCUAUGGCAAGCUGGUUCGCCGAGCCUUCCCAGGCAUCAAGAGCAACAGAAAAGGACCCCGUGGCCAGGCCAAGCAGCACUACACCCACCUGGUCCGCCGUAUGGCCGAGGACGACGCCCUGGUGGGUCUGACGGGCUCUUCUGACGGUAGCGGCCAGCGACGCAGCCGGUCGGUCUCGAUGCCCUCGUCUCCCGCGCUGUCGCCCUCGUCCAUGAACUCCUCGGGCUGCCUCUCGUUCACGUUUCAGGUGAAGCCCCAGAGGCCGCGUCAGCGCUCCUCUUCCUGCAAGUCGUCGGCUUCCUCAUCUUCAUCGUCGUCUUCAUCUUCCUCUGUACAAUCAUCGCCCAUGCUCUCGCCCAUCUACACAGCAACCACCCAGGCCCAUUCUCAGCUGUCCACUCCCACCUCCACCUCGCCGUCGCCUUCAUCGUCGACCUGCUCGUCGCCUCGCUCGUCGGUCCACUACUCGCCCCAGCCGUCGUCGCCCAUAACCUGGCCCAGCACGCCCCAGCUCCAACAACACACCUCGUCGCAGCCGUCGUCGCCUUGGCCGCAGCAGUACUACGACGACCACAACAGCAGCAGCAACGUCAGCAGGAGCACCAGCCUCAGUCCGUACCUGGACGCCACGCCAAUGCUUGCGGCGCCCAGUGUGCUGUCGAGAGAGGCCGAGGUGCUGCUCUACCGCUGUGCCAUGCUGCAGAAGGUGCGGGAGCGGUGCCGCGAGGGGCAGAGCGCGGAGCGACCGACCAGGGACAGCUUCCUGUUCCGGGCCAUCAACGACCCGUCGUGGAACGACGCAUGGGCCGACCUGGGCUUCUCCGAGUGGUGCCUGGACAACCUGCUGUGA